AUGGUUCCACCAACCUCUGUGAUGUACUUUUCAGUUUCAAAGAACAAAUUGACCGGACGAAUCCCUGAAUCCUUUUGCAAUUUGAGCUUUAUUCAACAUCUUGACUUGUCUAAUAACAGCUUCACUGGAACAAUUCCACAAUAUCUAGAAAACUAUAAUAUGCUCUUGUUCUUGAACCUGCGAACAAAUAACUUCCAUGGUCACAUCCCUUCAUUCCUAGAUUGUCCUUUUGAUUAUCUUAAUCUUAAUGGCAAUCGAUUGAAUGGAUCGUUACCACCCUCUUUGGUUAAUUGUAAUGACUUACAAGUUUUAGAUGUUGGGAAUAACAGGAUUAAUGAUACAUUUCCUCAUUGGUUAGGAAGUCUUCCAAAAUUGCAAGUUGUUGUCUUGAAAACUAUCAUGCGUGGAGAUAAAGGUAGUCUUGAAGUUGAAUACAUGAGUGGACAUCACGGGGUCUAUUCGGGGCCAGGUUUUGAGUAUUAUUCAAUGGUUUUGGUGGUUAAAGGAGUUACUAUGGAAAUUGAGAGAAUUCUAUCCAUUUUAGCAGCCAUGGAUUUGUCAAACAACCAAUUCCGAGGAUCAAUUCCAGAAAUAGUUGGAAAGUUCAACUCACUCAAACUUCUUAACUUUUCUAACAACAUCCUUAGUGGUCAUAUUCCAUCAUCAUUGGGAAAUUUGACAAAACUUGAAUCAUUGGAUUUGUCUUCAAAUAGGCUUGUUGGAGAGAUUCCCAAACAGUUGGCAAGUUUGACAUCUCUUGCAGUGUUAAAUCUUUCAUACAAUCAACUUGUGGGACCUAUACCUGAAGGAUCUCAAUUUAAUACAUUUUCAAAUGAUUCAUACAUUGGAAACUUGGGAUUGUGUGGAUUUCCAAUGUCGACAGAAUGUAGCAGUGAUAAGCCAAUUGAACCACCAUCAGCAAUAUUUCCUGAAGAUGACAAUGAUCCAGGCUGGUUUGAUUGGAAAAUCGCCAUAAUAGGUUAUGGAAGUGGGUUGGUGAUCGGUUUGUCUAUUGGAUAUAUUGUAUUUACAACGAGGAAACCAGAAUGGCUUAUAAGGAUGGUGGAAAGAGAGGGACCAGCCAAUGUGAGAAGCUUGAACAGAAGACACCGAGGAAGAAGAAAUCCAUAA